CUCUUAACUCCGCUUGGGUUGAAUGCUCCACAUCAACAUUCCAACAGCUCCAGCAAGAUGAGUUCAGAAGAUCUGUCAAAGUUCAACUACCCAGUGCCUCGAGAAGGCCCCAAGGUGCCAUACAAGAAUGAGACGCAGGUCAUUCCGGUGUUUCGAGGUACUCCGCUAGCGAUCGGCGCGACCCUAAUUCAUAAUAUUGGUUUCAUCCAGAGCCACUUCUGGCGUAAUGCUGGCUUUGAUGUCAUUCGCCAAAUCUCCCACCUCAGCGAGUACGCCGGCCGUUAUGAUCCGACCGUGAUCCCCGUCGACAAUAAUGUGCCCAGUGACGUCCCGACGCCUAUGGUGCAGAAGAGACAGGGUGACAACUACUAUUACACUUCUGCCGACUACCAUGCCUUGUAUACCUCGGGCGAAUUGACCCCACUUGCCGUCGUUGAGUCCUUGCUUCCUCUCGUGCGACGUGACGUUACGCCCCCGGGAAAGCACUCUACUGCUUUCCUGGAAUCGCAAGUUGAUAUCAUUCGCGCAGCUGCGCAAGCUUCUACGGAACGGUAUAAGAAUGGUCAGCCCUUGGGACCGCUCGACGGUGUUCCCGUCGCGAUCAAGGAUGAAGUGCACAUUACUGGCUACAAGCGUACUCUUGGAACGAAGCUCGAUUUCAAACAUGGCACCGAUGCAACAUCCUGGUGUGUGCAACAAUGGCAAGAUGCUGGUGCUAUUGUAAUUGGAAAGACUACCAUGCAUGAGCUCGGCUUGGACACCACUAACAAUAACCCCAAUUUCGGAACCCCACGAAAUCCCCACAACAAGGACUACUACUGUGGUGGAUCUUCGGGUGGAUCUGGUUAUGCUGUUGGCGCAGGAUUGGUGCCCAUUGCACUCGGCGCAGACGGCGGCGGCUCAAUCCGUAUUCCAUCGUCGUUCUGUGGUAUCUGGGGUCUGAAAACCACUCAUGGUCGCGUGUCAGGCGCACCAUCCUUGAGUCUCGCGCCAUCGGUCGGCGUCCUCGGGCCUAUGGCGAGCAACGUUGAUGACCUCGCUCUUGCGUAUCGCGUUAUGGCAAACCCUGCGCCUGCUUCACAGGAUGCGAUCUCCGCACAGUUCCCCAAAGCGCUUCCAUUGGCCGUUGACCGUAAGAGGAAUAAGAAGAUCGGUAUCGUCCGUGACUGGAUCGAUCGUGCCGAGGCUCCUGUCCGAGCAGUGUUUGACUCUGCGCUUGAACAUUAUCGUCAGCUCGGCUAUGAAAUCAUCGACAUCACGAUUCCAUACUUACCCGAAGGCCAGCGUGCUCAUGUUUUAACGAUCAUGGCAGAGAUUGCCUCCGGCGUCGAUGCGAGCCAGAUUCGCCACCUUUCGGCACCAAACAAGGUCCUCGUCUCGAUGGGAAUGUGGCAGAUCACGGCGCAAGAUCUUCUCGCUGCUCAACGCCUACGCAACCUAAUCAUGAAGCAUGUCGCGCAUCUUUUCAAGACCCAUCCCGGGUUGAUGAUUUUCACACCUACAACUCCAAUUCCGGGCUGGCAUAUCGACGGUGGUGAGGUUGAAAUUUCUCGCGGUUUGUCGGACGGCAAGACUUCCGUGCGAAACAUGGAGUAUGUCUGGCUGUCCAAUUUCACGGGUUGUCCCUCGAUCAGUUGCCCGGCUGGGUAUGCCAAGGAUAGUGGCGUGCCUGUUGGUGUUAUGGCGAUGAGUGACUGGGGUACUGAAGAAGACUUGAUUGACUUUGCUCGAGAUGGAGAGGGCCAUUUGGAUCUGCGUGUUCCUUCGCGAGAUGACUCGGUCUGGGAAGAUGUCAUCGGCAACGCUAAGGACGCACAGGCUGCGUGAUUGGCAUGGUCUGGAUAAUGUUGUUGACAGUUUGGGCUUCCUAUGAACAUAUGGCUGAGACUUUAGAAUGGAUAUAAUUGCUGAGUCUCCUCAAUCAAUGUUCAUAAGUGUGACUUGGAGACACUUCAUGCUUUGAAUACUGAUGUGGCAUUUUGAUUCUAGACCAAGGAUCGUUGCAUGCCCUCGUAGGAAAUCCGGGGGCCGUUACAC